UCAAAUAAUGCAAAGUUUUAGAUUUUUGAUGAUAUAAAUGUGAAAAUUUAUGUCGUCCAAGCAUGCGCCAUUGGUCAGGUAUUUCAUAGGACAGGCGCAUAAUAUACACCUAUUGUGGUAAUUACUAGAAACGUAAAUUACUGUAUUUAACUAACAGCCUUCAGUUAGACAAUAUGUUAAAUCUGGCAUGAGGAAAUAGAUCGAUAACGGAUAAGUUGAAUAUAAACGAUGGUGGGCGGUUUGAAAACCUCAUUUGUGCAGCUGUAUUCAGCAAUAUGCAGAAAGGUAAUUGCAUAAAUUUGAAGUCAUAUGGGCAAUAAGGAAACAGUGUCAUCAAUAUUGUGGCAUUUAGUUUUAUGAAGCGACUAUAUAGACGGCGGAAAAAUGGUUCUACAUGAAUUUUUUCCUCAAGUUUUGAUAUUUACAAGCAUUACUUUCGCUUUAGACCCUCCUUCUAAUGUUACCGUGACAUCUAUAAUCACCGACACCUUCCGUGUUCAUUUCAACCAAUCAACAACUGCGAUUUCCCACGAAGUCAAAGUUCAAGCAAAGCUGUUAUCGGAAGAUAUUCACCUUGUCAAUUCAUCGGAUAAUGCCGUUCAGAUAACUGGGCUCCAGAGCAACGUGAUAUAUGACGUCACUGUACGUUCUCGUGACUCCGCUGGAUCAGUGAGCAACUACACUGAAGCAGUUCAAGCAAAAACAUAUCCGUCAGGUGUACAAGUGAUUGUAAGCGAGCCUACUCAAACUGUAUUUACUGCAUUCUUGGAAGUUGUCGCGGGAGCAAGAGAAUGGAGUAUUCAGCUACUCAACCAACGAACAAAUGUCACACAAGAGGAUAUUGUCAACACUACUUACAAAAUCUACAAAGAUCUAGACGCAGACACAACAUAUUCAAUCAGAGCUCGUGUUUCAAAACUUGACUUCUCGUAUUUAAGUGAGACUCAAAGCCCCUAUGGUAACUGGACAACAGCAACUACAAAAAAACUUUCAUUGUUUGGUCGUGUCGUCCUUCUUGGACAAUCAGUUUUAACUGUUGAUCAAGCAAAGCUACAAGAAUGGGAAAAAACUCUAUUCGACGAAUAUGUUAAAAUACAACCACAAGUCUUCUCUGUGAAGCAGUUAGAAGACAUAAAAUCCACUUCAGACGUCUUAUUCCAUCAUGAAAUAUUCGUGAAUGGAACAGCAAUUCCGGAUCUCACUACGUUUCAACUGAACAAUUCUGCAACGAUUAAAAAUUCGGUUGUGGUAACUGAUGUGAAUAACAACACUCAAUAUGGAAUAUAUGUGGAUGCCGGCGACUUGACAAAAGCAUUACAACUUCAUCUACACGAUGAUGUAGCGAAAUGUGGAACAGAAAAUACAAACGAUUGGCGAAGUUUCACCCUGAAUCGAAAUGAUGGGAAGUCAUCAUCUAUCAAUCUAAUCACUAAUUCUGCGGAGCAUCGCACAGAUACCAACACGAUUUUCAAAUUUAACGACAUAAAACUCUUUGAUCCUCACUCUGAAAGCAUAUAUACCAAUAUGCAACCAAAUAGUUUAUACAGCAUCGACCAACAUUAUCUGAUAAAAAUGUGUCAGUCGAGCGACAAGUCCAGUUAUCUGUACUCUCGACGACAUGGAGCACUUUUCGGAAACGAAGCCACAUUAGCAUACAAAAAUACGUUUGUACAUUCUACAGGCCCGAGUCAGGUUGACGUCAGCAAAAUUACGUACGAAGUAUCGGGAGAUAAGAAAUCAAUAAUUCUCAAAAUGAGAGCAAUAUACAGAGCACAUUCUUAUAAGUUUUUGAUUGACGGAGUUAGUGAGGUCAAUUUAGGAAAUCUGGAUAGCUCAAGAUAUGUGGAGGCCACACUGGGAGGACUUUCUGCAUUCAAGGAAUAUUGUGCUGAUGUUUCUUACACAAUAAACCACCCGGAUUGGACCCAAGGGACAAGUUCGCCAACCUGUUAUCAGUUUUAUUCAGGAAGUCCCAAUACUACUUCAAUCCGUAUUGUUGACGUUCGUUCAAACAGUUUCAAGGUGUCGUACCGAUAUAAAAAAUAUGCAACGAGUUACAUAAUCAAGUUAAGCAAUGAAACAAAGUUGCGGAAAAUCACGACAGACCAAAAUUUUUUUGUUGUCAACAGUGGUAUUGAAGAUGGAAUGACGUAUAAUGUCAGUGUAGCAACUCAGAACCCGUUCGGAGUUUCAGAAUUCUCAAAUAUUAAGAGCACAAAAUUCUGGAGUUUCCACGACAUUACAAACAAUUCAAUAAGGCUGAAAUGGGACAACGAAUCAACGGAUUUCAGCUAUAAUAUAGGAGUGUUAGAAACCGGACAAAUUUAUCAAAGCAACACCAAUGAUUUCUUGAUUUCAAGUUUGGAUCCUGGAAAAAUUUAUGCUAUCAAUGUAACAGCGAUACAGUUAGAUGAAUCGUCCUUGUUGUUGUUCACAGAUAGCCAGAUUACUGUGCCUGCGAUACCAACUUAUUUGCGAAUCUCAUCUAAAAGCGAGUUCAAGGCGAACAUUGAAUGGAAUUCGAUGGACGGGGUUGAAGAAUAUUUGGUAGAUAUCAACGGAAGAGGAGUCAUUGAGUCAAUGAAUACAUCAUUGUUGUCUGCUGACUUCACCGGCCUUCUGUCAGGUGCAAAAUAUACAAUCGGAGUUGCGACUAGAAACGCUGCUGGAAAAAGUGAUCGUGCAGUGAUAGAAGUUUUAACACAUUUUGCUGUUCCCGUCAAUUUAUCAACGACAUUGGUAUCAAGCACCUCGAUAGACAUCAAAUGGAGCGGUAUAAACGGAGCCAAUUCAUACACGAUUAGGGCGGUUGGAAUGUCAAACGGCACUGAAUUUAUUAAAGACGUUAAUUCGAGUACCCCAUCGGUCAAUAUACAGAAUCUUUUGCCUGGGCUGAAAUAUACCAUUACUGUGUUUGCAAAAUACGACGAAGGCGAUAGCAAUAACUCGGAAACUCACUAUCAAUUUACAGUUCCUGACAAGACCACCAAUCUGGCACUAAUAUCCAGGGAAGAAACCUCACUCGGAGUAGCCUGGGAGUCUGUAGUUGGAGCAGAUAUCUACAGAGCUACUAUACCAGGUGUGAUCAUAAACACAACUCAGACUACAGCAUUGUUUCCUAAUUUGCUUCCAAACAAGGGAUACGAUGUAGAAAUAUACGCAAUCAACUCCGCGGGGCAAGGAUCUGGAUUUAGCAGAAAAUUUUUCACAGUAUUCCAAAGUCCACUCAACCUAACGACGAGCAAUGUAACAACCAACUCAUUUUUGGUUAAUUGGAUUGGAAGCACAGACGCAAAAAAAUUUGUGGUCACAACCGCAUACGGAAGCUUUCUCGCCAACGCUACUUCAAUUACUUCACCUGUUAAUGUAACUGGACUAACGCCCGGCACUCUAUACAAUUUCAGCGUAGUUGCAAUAUAUGAAGAAGGAAAAAGUGAACCUUCUGGGACCGUUCAACAAAUAACAGUUCCUGAUGCCCCCACAAACUUGCGUUUGGUAGCAAAAGAGGAAACCUCGCUUACCAUUGCUUGGAAUCCAACGACUGGUGCAGAAUUGUACAAAGUUACGCUGGAAGCAGGCGCAGUUCAACGUUCUCAAACUACAACGAAUACAUCGAUGGUAUUUCAAAAUCUACUUCCUAAUAGAGGAUACACUGUCAAAGUUUUUGGAGUAAAUUCAGCUGGACAAAGCAUUGGUGGACAAGAUAAAUAUAAAUAUUUUACGGUGUUCCAGACUCCCGAGAACGUUACCGUAACUUCAGUACAAAGCGAAUCAUUUCUUAUCAGCUGGAACGGGAGUACAGAUGCGAUCAAAUUCAUAGUGACAAUGACUUCAGCAAAGUUAGAAAGCAACACUACGCACUUGCUGGCUACCGGGUUAAAACCAGGAUCAAAUCAAUCCAUUAUCGUCUAUGCAAUAUAUUCAGAAGGAGAAAGCGGUCCAACGAAAACAAUUUACCAGCUAACUGCACCUGGUACGCCAACAAAUCUGCGAUAUUUACAUGUCGCACAAAAUUCGUUAAAAAUUGGCUGGAAUUUGACUUCUGGAGCCGAUUACUACAUGGUAAAUUUAGAAGGACACAACAAAACAGUUAUGAAAACCGGAACCGACACUACUUUUUUCAAUCUAACGGCCGGAACAAAAUACAAUGUGUCAGUAAGAGCUCACAAUCAAGCUGGUUUCAGUGGAAUCGCCAAGACUACAUUCGAAACAAUUCCGAGCAAUCCUAUUAUUGAAACUAGUUCCGCUAAUAACACACAUUUAUAUAUCUCGUGGAGCGCACCAAAAGGUGCUACGCAAUACAGGGUGGAGGUAACUUUGCCUGGUGGUAGUCCCGUAACUGGAAUCACCGGUGCCGGGAUUGUCUCCAAUGUCUAUGCCGUAAUAGGAGGUUUGAAUCCGAACCUGAAAUAUGUCGUCCGAGUGUCUGCAAUAUCUAGCGCCGGAGAAAGUCCUACCAGUCAACCGCUUACUGUAGAUCCAGCACCACCGCCACCCAGUAACGUUAUCUUACUUGGAAGAACCUCUACAUCCCUUAAAAUGAGGUGGGAUAUUGAUGCAAAAGCAACUAGAUGUGAAAUCACAAUGAACGGCCAAGUAAAGGUCUUUACAACAAACACGGGAAACUUCAAUGAUUUAGUGCCAGGAACGAAAUAUUUAAUUGUACUGAUAGCCAUGGGCUCUGGUGGUCGAAGAAGCAACUCCACCGUUGUGGAAUUUCAAACACUUCCCUCGUCCCCAACACCAGAAACAGGCGCAGUUACAACAACUUCAAUAAGAGUAUCUUGGAAAUCGAUGAAGGGCGCGGAAAAAUACAAGAUAAAAGUUACUUCUCCCGGGAAAAUUCAACCAGACCUGAUAACCAACGAAACAGCGCUUCAGAUAGGGAACUUGAUGCCCGGUACACAAUAUACCAUCAACUGUACUUCUGUGUUAGGAACUGAGACCAGUAGUCCAUGGAAAUCCAUUCAAGCAGCAACACUAUGCUUGCCUCCAAGUGGAGUAAAUGUUACUUCAGUAACCCACAAUUCCCUCUCAAUUGAGUGGAACCCAUCACAAGGUGCAUCAGAGUACAAUAUUAUUGUGGUGAAAUUAGAAGUUUCAAAGCAAAGACGUCGUCGCUCAACAUCUGGUAGUCCAAAGAUCGAGAUUACGUCAACAUCAGCCAAAGUAUCAAAUCUUAAUCCGGGAUCUGAUUAUAGUAUUUCAGUGGUAGCUGUUAAUUCAGCAGGUCGGAGUGUCAGUCCGGGAAAAUCGAUAAAAACAGGUGCAGGCAAUCCCGCCAAAUUGUUAUCCAAUGACGUCACUACCUCAUCCGUUAUGCUUGAAUGGGCUGCACAACAUGGAGCAACCAGAUACAUGGUUUAUUAUCGAGAAAGCGGAUCUGGAAACACAACUGCGAUAUCAGCCGGUACAGUAGUUAGCCGCAAAAUAGAGUCACUCAAAUCUGGAAUAUCAUACGAAUUUUCUCUCGCCACCGUAUCCGUUAUUCAACCAGGAGCAAAAUAUUUUUUGAACACCGCUGAUACUCCUAACGUUACAGUUAUCACAGUUCCUCGACCCCCGAUUGGGCUGGCUGUCUCCAAAUCAAUAAAAGCAGUAAAAGUUAUGUGGGAAAAAUCUGUCGGUGGAGUUUUAUAUUUUGUUCAUGUAAAAUGGAGUCUUUCAAACUCUACGUAUAAUACAACAGGCAACUCAUUGAAUUUAACAAUGGAAAUAGAGAAAAACGUUCAAUACUUAUUUACAGUCAGCGCUGUAAAUAGUCAAGGAAGAUUCAGCUCGACGUCAGAACCUGUUAUUUACAAAGUUGACGAAGAAUCACCCGAUUCGCAAUCUCAGAUACCAUGGUGGGUGUGGUUGAUUGUCUGUGUCGGAUUUCUCAUAAUAAUAAUUCCACUUUUAAUUUUUAUGAUUGCUAGAAAAAGACAGAAAUCUCGUGAACAUACUGGAUUCUACGAUGUUCAAAAUGGUAAUGGCGGAAAUGGUAAUUACGAGAUACCAAUUGUAAGACUCGACAUGAAUAAAUCAGAAAGCGAUGACGUAAGUCGAUUUUUGUUCGAUUUGUGGAUUGAAGUAAAACAGGAAGAAAGAGAUGAGCCUCAAACUUCAAAUUUCGACCACAUGCCCAUUGUGACCAGUUCAGACAAUGCUCCAAUUUUAAGUACGUUUUCUGACGGAUCAGCCCAAGAUGCCCCUACGUCCCCACCUCCCGAAUCCAAUACUGACGAGACUUGCAACGUUUAUGCUAACGUGGAUGACACAUCCGAAGCCGUAACCAAAGAGUCUGAUGCCGAGCAUGUUUAUGCCGAAGCUAUGAACAAAGAAAUCGCAAAACAAGAACGACAAGAUGUGGUUGAACAUGCUAACAAUUCGACUGAAAACCAGGAUGAACCGGCGUAUGCCAGUGUAAAUAAAAAUUCUUCAAAAUUCAAAAGAAAAAACAAAACGUCAACAUUUAGAAGUCCUGAAAAUAAUGCAGACGGCGAACAAGGCAGAGAAAAUCCUGUCUUUGUCAGUGGUGGGGAGGAUGAAAAAGAUGGCACCGCAAAUAGAGAUAAUGCACAAGGUGCCACAGAGGAUGAUGCCACAGUUGCAUAUGCCACAGUGAAUAAGCCUUCAACUAGAACAUUUAAAGACACUGUCGUUAGCGAUGAUAAGUCAAAAGAUUACAAUGAUGAUUAAAUUAUAGGCGAUUACGCUACAGUAAAUGAGCCUUCUGUCGAAAAACAGAAAUCCUAAUACAGUAUAUAAGAAAAAUUGGUUUUUGAUUUUGUAUUCGAUUGGCUAAGAGUCAUAUUUAUUCAUGUAUUUGUUAAUAUCUCAAUUUCAAGAACAAACUAACUAAACGUCAUCUUGGUAAGAUAGCUGGCCAUGAUAUAUAUGUUCAGUAUCUACUAUCUACGGGUAUUUUAUUUUUACAUUCUUCCACAGAGACUGAUUUUUAUCCCCUUGUGCAUGCAAUAUCAGUCUAUGUUGCGCUUUAUAUCCUACAACAAUAAUCGAGGCAAUUGUGUGCCAGUCAGCUUCUACUUUAUAUUUGAUUUCAGAAAACAGUAAGUAUGUUAUCAUCGUAUAUUAUCAAUAUUUUUUUAAAAAGGUUGAUGGCGAGAAUCAGUUGCCGGACUCGAAAUUACAGUAUAUGCUUCUUAGAUCUAAUACGUUUUAAAACGUGUGUGUGUAUUUAUUCAUUAAACAUUUUUCCUUCUUGUGUGGUAUGAGUUUAAAACAAUUAUAAAUUAAAGCAAUAUUUAUAGAGUUCGCCUUGUUGUGGAAAUCCCCCUCACGACAAGAAGAAGAAAUAAAAAAUUAGUAUGUGAAAAUCCAAGCACUUAUUGUUUUAAAAAUUGUAUUUUUUGAAGAUGAUAAAUUAUAAAACUUUCUAUCAUUGAGACUCCGUGGGCUAUCUAUGUUUGUAUUUAUAUGGAAUACCCAUAGAUUUGAUACAGUUAGUUUUAAAACCGUCCGGAAAACCUUACAAGAACAGAAUGGUCAAAUUGAUAUAGAGUAGAAAAAAUAAGCAAUGUUACAAGGAAUCAUAAUAUUAUUUGCUUUUGAAAGCAAGCUGAGUAAAAUAUAUGAUUACAGCGUUAUA